ACAUCUUCUUGAAGUCUUUCUCCAUUGGCGGCAGAAAUUUUUUGGCUCGACUAAUUCAGAAAAUCCCAAUAACUUCAUUGUUCAAAUUGCACCAAUUAAAAUCAUGUCUCCAAUCAGCUCAAUUAAUUUGUCAAGAAUCUUCUCAAAGCUUGACAAGAAUGGUGAUGGCCUUGUGAGUCAUGAUGAGUUAAAGGGAUUUCUUGAUACCAUAGGAAUUAUUGCAAGCCAAGAGGAGCUAGAGUUGCUAGUUGGGAAAACAAGCCUAGACUCUAUUGAUUUUUUCCUCUUCUAUGAUGCUAUCACAAAAGCAAAUAUUAAUAAAGGAAGCAAUUAUAAGUACCAGGACGAUGAUCAUCGAGAAAAUAUUUUCUUGAAAAAUGACCUUCAGAAAGUGUUCAGAGUAUUCGAUUUAAACGGGGACGGAUUCAUAUGUUGCGAGGAGCUGCAGAGGGCAUUGUCAAGAUUAGGAUUAUGGGAUGAACAAUGUGGGAAAGAUUGUAAGAGCAUGAUUAAUUUUUAUGACAAAAAUUCAGAUGGAAAACUUGAUUACGAGGAGUUUAAGGACAUGAUGUUUGAUAAUUAAUUAGAAUUAGAUAGAGUAAUAUAAUCCCGCUUCCAAUCUACCUUCAAAAAAAUGUUUUAGUUGUA